GGUCCAAUUAAUAAGAAGUUGAUUUAUGUAAAUAGAUGCGUGAGUUCAACUUCCGCUGCUAACAUUGGUGUGAAAUAUAUAAGGACAACUGAUUGUCAACGUUCACUUAAUCUUGAGGUCUGCUUUACGCUUAUGAGUUUGAGGACUAAAGUCACAUAAACUGUACAUAUUUAGGCCUAAAAAGAGGCAAUACAGAGUCAGAGUUUCACAAGUCAGUUUCAGUUACUGCUUGAGUACCAGAAAAUACAUAGAAAACAAAACUUUAGUAGUAGAAGAAGAAAUAACAAAAGCUUGUGUCUCUAUCUAUCUCCCUCAGCUUUUUAUUGCCUUUUCUUUCAUCCUACUCAUUCUACGGCCAUCAUUUAACAACCAACCCGUUUAUUGUGAGUCACAUCCUUUUCUAUAGACUAUACUUAGCUGCUGGUAAACCUUCUUCACAUGCUAUGCUCUUUUCAUCAUUUUCUCCAUUCAUCUAACCAAUUUUGCUUCAUAAGAACAUACUCUAGCUAGAUACUGAGUUAUUCAAGAGGUUUUCAGGACUGAAUAGGAAGUUUCAUGCCUAAUUUUUUUUGGCCUUGGUGCUGAGAAUUAGUAUAUGAUAUUGUUUUAUAGAACUUUGAGCUUGUGAUUGAGAGGGAUUGCAUUGAAUUACAUAUACUAGUUGUUCAAUUUUGGAUUUGGAACAAGAUGUCUGAGAGAAAAUUGAACAUCAAUGCUCCACUCAUGUCUGUGAGACGAAAUUCAGCUACAUCCCCUUCGUUAACUGAAUCAAAGAGGAAGAUAUUAGAGAAACGCCACACUCUUGCAAGUUACAAAUCAGAAAUGACAUUGGAUCAAGUAACGGAACCUGUUGCAGUGCCUUUCAAUUGGGAGCAUAUACCUGGAAAAUGUAAAGGUAAUAAUGGAUCUGAAGUACUUCAAAUUCCUCCUAAGAACCCUUCAUUCACUCCAAUUCCUAGGCUUCCUCCUGGAAAAUCAGUCAAAUCUGCCACACAGCCAAUGGUAAAGGAAUCCAAUGUUGCAAAUAGAUUCACUUCUUCAAACAAAUCGAAGUCUUUCACCGGCAACAUGGUUAAAACAGAUUGUGAUAGAGAAAGAGAAAAGGAAAAAGAAACUGAGAAGAAAAUUGUGAGUAGAAGGUCUAAUGUUAAGGAAGUGGAGAAUGAUGAUGCUUAUUCAGAUGCAGUUGAGUCACUGUCACAUUUAACAGAAUCAUUCUCUUUGAACUGUAGUGUGAGUGGUGUAAGUGGAUUAGAUAACUUGGAAGCUAAGAAGUUUGGAACAUUUUCUACAGAUCAACAAACAAGAGACUUCAUGAUGAACCGUUUCUUGCCGGCCGCGAAGGCUAUGACAAUACAACCUUCUCAAUAUUCUUCAAAAAAGCCAUCUGUAUUAGUGGAACAGCAACCUAGAGAUGUUAACAAGUUGGUUCAGAAUGCAAAGAAGCCAUUGGUAACUGAUAUUAUACCGUAUACUGGGGAAUGUCAAGAGGAAGAAAGUGAAGACGAAGGCGAUGUUUAUGACAAUGAUAAUUCUGAUAGUGUCUUGGGUAAAGGAUGUGGCUUGUUACCUAAUUUACAUGUUAGGAAUUCAUUACCUUCGUUAAAUUCUGUGGCUGGGAUGAAAGUGAAGAACCAAGUUACCUUGCCUUCUUCUGCUUGUGAGGUUGUAAAACCUAACAAAAGAUCUAGUAUUAGAUCUUUUAGUCCAAUUCCAGCUGUAAAGAAGGCUUGGGAAGCGAUUCACAGGAACAAGUCAAGUACUGCAGCUGCAUCACCUGAGACACAAGAAGGAAAGAAGAGAUGGAGCAGUGAAUCAAACAGGUUUGCUUAUUCAGGUGAGUUGCUUCCAGGUAGACUCUCUCCCUUCCGGCGUUCAAGAGCAGCCGCUGCCGGUAUAUCUCCCUGUAGAAGUAGACAACAAUCUCCCUUUCGCGGCACAAAGUUGCUCGGUGAUUCUAAUGAGGCUGAAACCAAUAAAUCUUGCAAUUUGAAGUUCCACAGCUCAGGACUUGGAAAAAUUCAAGGAGUUCCAAACCAAGGAGCCAAAAGAAGUUCAUAUUCAGGAAGUUUGGCAAUGGAAAAGACAUUGUACAUAGAUAGUUCAAGUACUGUCAAAUUAUCAUCUUCAAAUUUAAGUUCUAUAGAUAUCAAAAAGAGGAUAGAUACUAUGACUGCAGAAUUGGACAAAAGACGAGGGAAAGAACGUAAUUCUAGCAUAGAAACUUCUCAAAACAUAAAACAUGUAGAAGCUUUGGAUUUGGAAGAAAAAGUCACAUUGGAUUAUGAAAUAUUAAGUUCUUUAGGUGGCAAUUCUACAACUUUAUCUGGUAUGCUACAUCAUAUAGACAAAGAAUAUGAAGAUGAAGUAAUGAAAAAUGAUGAAGUUAUUAACUGCGAACUCGUGUCAGUGCAACCAGUGCAAAAGACAUUUUCUGAAGAUUCAGAUACCAACAACAAGCAAAUUGUGUUAGCUAAUGGUUCUCCACUUCAACCACCAUUGCCAAAAUCACCUUCUGAGUCUUGGCUUUGGCGCGCCCUGCCUAUAAAUUCCCUCAAGAAUUCUUUCAUGCAUUCAAAUCAAGGGACUCAAUCUCAUCCUAAAAGAAAUGAUUCUAAUAUAUCAUCAAGCAAUGUCAAGUGGGAAACAAUAGUGAAAACUUCAAAUUUGCAGCAUGGUCAUGUUCGCUAUUCUCAGGAACUACAGGCUGGUAAGUCGCAGCAUUCAAAAUAUUAGAGAUGAAACUGAGUGACUUUACUAGCAUGUUUUGGUCCAAGUUUUUUGUCUCCUUGUUUUUUCACCAUGCAUAUGGUAUGAAUUCCUAGCUUAUGGAAUUUUAGCUUUUAUAGCAUUGGUAAAAAUAUAGUAUGAUUGAUUAGAUUUUUACAUUAUUGAACAUCUUUCAUCCCAAAAGAAAAGGUUGGAUUCAUAUUAAUAUCAUCCAAUCUUGAGGAAUCAGCUUUUUUAUAGCAAAAUGAUACAAUACAAGUGAUCACUGUUUUUCACGUUUUAUUGAUUUUUUCCCUAUUUGAUACUCAUAAUGAAGGCUCGGAAUCUUAUGUCCAAGUAUGUAAAUCAGAUUAUUCUGAAUUGAGAUGAAAUAUGAAAUUCUCAUGUUGGUAAACCUAGCACAACAUCUGGACUAAUAAUUGUCACCCGCUUGCAGCCAUGAUAUAUUUUUGUAAUCUAUAUAUAGUAUAUUCCUUGGUGAUUUUGUUAA